CUUAAUCAAAAUAAACAAGAAAUAUCUUGAGAUUUACAAUAGCAAUGGAGAAAACGUCUCUCAAGGUUGUCUUCUUGUUCUCCCUCACAGUCAUAGCAUUUUGUUCAUUUUUGGGUGAUGCAAGAGAGAUGGCGGAGGAAGAAGUGAGUUGCAUCGGCGGCAAAUGUUUCGAAGGAAAAAAGAACUGUAACUGCUUGCCGCAGGUUACAUUAAUGGAGUCCACUGGCGUUUACGAACAUGACAAUGACUGCAAGAAGUACUGUCCUCCGGAAUGCAAGUCUAAAAAAAGGACCUGUGUCUGUGCCUGUAAUGGUGGACACUGUUUCUGCCAGUGUUAGAGAGUUUUAAAAAGCACUAUAAUUUAUACUUAUAGACAGAGAGAAACAAAC